GGCCGCCUCUGCCUUCUGCUGCUCUGCCUCUGCGGGGAGGCCGCCGCCGGGAGGGACUUCUACAAGAUCCUGGGGGUGUCCCGCGGCGCGUCCAUCAAGGACAUCAAGAAGGCGUACCGGAAACUGGCACUGCAGCUCCAUCCCGACAGGAACCCCGACGACCCCCGGGCGCAGGAGAAGUUCCAGGACCUGGGGGCUGCCUAUGAGGUGCUGUCAGAUGAGGAGAAGAGGAAGCAAUAUGAUGCAUAUGGUGAGGAGGGAUUGAAGGAUGGGCACCAGAGCUCUCAUGGAGACAUAUUCUCACACUUCUUUGGGGACUUUGGAUUCAUGUUUGGAGGUAACCCUCGCCAACAAGACAGGAACAUUCCCCGAGGAAGUGACAUUAUUGUGGACCUCGAGGUUACACUUGAGGAGGUGUAUUCAGGAAACUUCGUGGAAGUUGUCAGGAACAAGCCAGUGGCAAGACAGGCACCUGGCAAACGGAAAUGCAAUUGCCGUCAGGAGAUGAGGACCACCCAGUUGGGUCCUGGACGCUUCCAGAUGACGCAAGAAGUUGUUUGUGAUGAAUGUCCAAAUGUUAAGCUUGUGAAUGAGGAGCGAACGCUAGAAGUGGAGAUAGAGCCAGGUGUGAGGGAUAGUAUGGAGUAUCCCUUCAUUGGUGAAGGUGAGCCCCAUGUGGAUGGGGAGCCAGGUGAUUUGCGCUUCCGAAUAAAAGUCCUUAAGCACCCAGUCUUUGAAAGAAGAGGAGAUGACUUGUAUACAAAUGUGACAAUCUCGCUGGUCGAGGCACUUACAGGCUUUGAAAUGGAUAUUGCCCACUUGGAUGGGCACAAGGUUCACAUUGCUCGGGAUAAAAUUACGAAACCUGGGGCCAAACUGUGGAAGAAAGGAGAAGGUCUUCCAAAUUUUGAUAACAAUAAUAUCAAAGGCUCGCUAAUAAUAACGUUUGAUGUGGAGUUCCCCAAAGAGCAACUGACUAACGAGCAGCGGGAAGGUCUCAAACAGUUACUGAAACAAGGAUCGGUGCAGAAGGUGUACAAUGGAUUGCAGGGAUAUUGAUGUGUGGAAAAAUGGGACUUACCUGACAACAGAAAGUCAAAUUUGUUUGCAGUCUCUUCUCCUGCCCACUGUAGAAUGGAAAAGAGGGAGGGUGGGGCAAUUGUUGAGGUAUAUAUAAUUCUUUUUCUUUGUCAAUGGUGGAAGUGCUCAGAUGAGUUGAGAGGAAUUCUACCCUUUUCAGGACAUAACUGGUGCUGCCUAUCAUGUUCCAUGUCCUGGAACAACAGAGACUCCUUGAGCAGAGGAAAAACAAAUGGUGGGGAAAGGAGUUUUAAAUUCCACACAGAUUGGAAUUUCUGUUUUUUAAAUAUAUUUUGAUGUGACUUUUCUUGACCAUCUCAA